UACAAGGCGAUUUCUUAUCCAUUAAGUGCUAGAGAUUAAUUUUUUUUAUAUAAUAUCAACAUUGUACACCAUGACGGGUAUAUUUUCAAAUCCCAAAUUUGGAGUAUUUGUGACAAUUACACACAUUUUUGUAUGUGCUAUAUUGGCCACGUGUGUGGUACGAUCCUUAAAUGCAUCCACCGACAAAGUCAAGGAUAUGAGUAAGGAAGACAAAAAGAUUUUUGCACUUUUGUUGACAUUACUAGUGAUGAGUUUGCUUAAAAUAAUUUUAAGUUUUGUUUUAAUUGUUGGAAUUGUUAAGAAAAAUCAUCAUUUGAUGGCUCCUUGGAUUGCUGCUACUUUCAUAUCUAUGGUUGCCGUCUUCUUUUAUACUUUGGUCGCCUUGGCCUUUAGUUUUGUGAAUACCUUGAAACUGCGGCAGAAUGCUGAACGCGUUUUGCCUGGAAUGGGAAUUUUAAUUACUCAAAUUGGAUUUUUUUAUCCAAUAUUUGUUUUGUACCAAAGUGUUCUUGUAUUUCGCCUUAAACGUGAAGGUAUCUACGAAGGUCCUCAGGAAUCAUUUAAUGAUCAUGAUAGUGAACUGGUCGAUUCUAAUGAAGUAUAUUAACUCCUAGGAAGUGUAGAUAUUGAAUUGUAAAUAUUGAAAUGUGAUAUUUGAUAUUACAAGACUAGAAUGGGAACAAUGAAAUAUGACAUUGACCAAC